AACGCGCGGCGGUGCAGCGAUGGCGGCGCUCGGAACUGUAAAGGGUAGUGGCAAUUGGUUUUUGGCUUUGGCGCUCGGAGUGACGCUCCUCAAAUGCCUUCUCAUUCCCACCUAGGGGUAUUGUGAGCUGCAUAUCAUACCAAAUGGAGAUACAGUGGAGAGCAAGAUAUUUCUGGAUCUCGUGCUCUGUGGAGUUGAUGGGAGCACACAAACAGGAAAGUUUCAAAUUGUAUGGAAGACCUAUAAAGGAGUUGGAUGCGGUAGCGCACCUGUGUAAUCUCUGCGCUGCAAAAUUGAGGCAGGAGACUCAGGAGUUUGAGCCCGGCCUGGGCAAUUUAGGGAUUUAGAGAGAGCCUGUCUGAAAAUGAGAGAUCUAUGAAGGAAAUAAGAAUGACUACGUGGCAAAGUUUUACUCCUCUUGUAGAAUGUGAUGUUUGAGUCAAAAUCCGAAGUGUAAAAAAGAAUGAACUGCUGGUGUGGUGGCAGAUGCCAGUAAUCCCAGCACUUGGGAGGCUAAAACAGGAGGAUCACUGUGAUUUUGAGACUGUCCUAGGCCAUGUAGAGAGUUCAAGGCCAGCCUGAACUGCAUAUUGAUACCCUGUCUCAAAAAGAGGGGAAAAAAAAAAACCCACCAGAAUAAGCAAUAUGAAAAGCAGCUCAGGCGUGGGAAAGUUAAGUGCAAAGGCCCUAUGGUAAGAAAGAACUCGAUAGCAGUCUAGGAAGAGAGGCCCGUGGAUGAAGAGCAGUAAAGGAGGAAAACUGGCACAGGCCAUUCUACAGAUUUUGAAGUACACCGAAACUGGCUUGCUAUCACUCACAGUUUGCCAUUAUCACAGUGGUAUUAUGAGGCAACCUCAGAGUGGACCUUGGAUUACCCACCUUUUUUUGCGUGGUUUGAAUAUGUCCUGUCUCAUGUUGCCAAAUAUUUUGACCAAGAGAUGCUUAAUAUCCAUAAUCUGAACUACUUCAACUCAAGGACUUUACUUUUCCAGAGAUUUUCUGUCAUCUUUACAGACCUUCUCUUUGUGUAUGCUGUUCACGAGUGCUGUAAAUGCGUCAAUGGAAAAAAAGCAAGUAAAGAACUUACAGAGAAGCCGAAGUUCAUUCUGUCUGCGUUACUGCUGUGGAACUUUGGGUUGCUGAUUGUGGACCAUAUUCAUUUUCAGUACAAUGGAUUUUUAUCUGGAUUAAUGCUACUCUCCAUUGCACGAUUAUUUCAGAAAAGGCAUAUGGAAGGAGCAUUUCUCUUUGCUAUUCUCCUGCAUUUCAAACAUAUCUACCUGUAUGUUGCACCAGCCUAUGGUAUAUAUCUGCUACGAUCUUACUGUUUCACUGCAAGCAAACCAGAUGGCUCUGUCCGAUGGAACAGUUUCAGUUUUACUCGUCUUAUUUCCCUGGGACUGAUUGUUUUCCUAGUUUCUGCACUCUCAUUAGGUCCUUUCCUAGCUAUGAACCAGCUGCCUCAAGUCUUUUCCCGGCUCUUUCCUUUCAAGAGGGGCCUCUGCCAUGCAUACUGGGCUCCAAACUUCUGGGCUUUGUACAAUGCUGCGGACAAACUACUAUGUACCAUCGGUUUGGAAUUGAAACUUCUUGAUCCCAACAAGAUCCCCAAGGCUUCAAUGACGAGUGGUUUGGUUCAGCAGUUUGAACAUACAGUCCUUCCCUCAGUGUCUCCCGUGGCAACUCUCAUAUGCACUCUGAUUGCCAUAUUGCCCUCUGUUUGCUGUCUCUGGCUUAAACCCCAAGGGCCCAGAGGCUUUCUUCGAUGUCUGAUUCUCUGUGCCUUGAGUUCCUUCAUGUUCGGGUGGCACGUCCAUGAAAAAGCCAUUCUUCUCGCAAUUCUCCCAAUGAGUCUUUUGUCUGUGGAAAAAGCAGGGGAUGCUUCAAUCUUCCUGAUUCUGACCACUACAGGACAUUAUUCCCUCUUCCCUCUGCUCUUCACCACACCAGAACUUCCCAUUAAAAUCUUACUCAUGUUACUCUUCACUAUCUACAGUAUUUCUUCACUGAUGACAUUAUUCAGAAAAGAAAAACCUCUUUUUAAUUGGAUGGAAACUGUCUACCUCCUUGGCCUGGCGCCUUUGGAAGUCUGCUGUGAAUUUGUGUUCCCUUUUACCUCCUGGAGGCUGAAGUACCCCUUCAUCCCUUUGUUACUGACUUCAGUGUAUUGUGCAGUGGGUGUCACAUAUGCUUGGUUCAGGCUGUAUGUUUCCAUGUUGACUGGCCCUCCUGGUGGCAAGACAAAGAAGCAAUGAAUAAAGGAACUGCUUGGAUGCAGGCCAAAUAGUUAUUUCAUGGGAAAUUAAUCAGAACUUGAAAGUUGCCGGUGGUGUGAGCCAUUCAUUUCAGCAGGUCUGUUCAGAGGACCAUUCUUCCACACUUGGCCUUACCCAGCCUAGCAACCUGAUUGUCACCAUGGUGAGAAGCCACUUGAUCUCCGUAAGCAGUGAAACACAUCUGAAAAAAAAUCUUGCCUUCCCCUGUUAAAAUUGUCUGACAUAUUCAGACUGCUUUGUUUACUGAGGGAAAACAGGGAGUCUAAUUAACAGCAUGAUUAUUUUUAGCCUGUGUGGACUAUUGUGAGGAUAUGAAACAUAAUUGGAUUCCUAAACUGAAGGAAAUAUAAAUAAAAUGCCAUUUUGUAUUUCUGCUUGAAA